UCAGUAUUAUCAUAUAGUGCAGUCACUGUUCUUGCUGAAGUUUAUACGUCUCAAAAUGUCGACAAUGACACCAGCGCUUAUUAUUCUGUUAACAUUCACAUUCAGUUCUUUUGUGAGAUGUUGUGUGGACGGUGUGAAUAAUAAACCGAUAAUCGGUAUUCUGUCGCAAGAACUAAGCCAUGUUAUGAGUUCAAGAUAUCGUGAUUAUAAUGCUUACAUCGCUGCAUCAUACGUAAAAUUAAUUGAAGGAUCUGGCGCAAGAGUUGUACCAAUUAGGAUUGGACAAGAUGAAUCUUACUACAGAAAUAUCAUGAAUCAAAUAAAUGGAAUUCUAUGGCCCGGUGGAAGCGCACCAUUCAAUACUUCGAAAGGAUAUGCUGACGCAGGGAACACGAUUUACAAAAUUGCAAAAGAAAUGAAUGAUAAGGGUGACUAUUUUCCAAUCUUCGGGAUAUGUUUAGGAUUCGAACUGUUAACAUACGUCACAGACGUCACUAAUCGUACGAAACAUAGAACUCCAUGUUCCGCUGAAGAUAUAGCACUUCCUCUUGAAUUUACGAAUGGAUACAAUUCAAGUAAAAUGUUCGCGGACGCUUCGGUAGACAUUAAAAAUAUAUUGGCCACUAAAAGAGUGACUGCGAAUAGUCAUCACUUUUGCGUUACACAGAAUGACUUAAAGAGAGCCAAAAUAUUUAAUAAAUUCCGGAUAUUAUCUGUGAAUCAUGAUAAGGAAGAAAAUGAAUUCAUUUCCUCGUUGGAAUCAGUUAAUUAUCCUUUUUACGGCUUACAAUUUCAUCCAGAAAAAAAUCUAUACGAGUGGAAAAUUGGCCACGGGUAUCCACAUUCGGCAAAUGCUGUUCUAAUUGCUGAAUAUUUUGGCAAUUUCUUCGUUAACGAAGCGCGCAAGAAUUGCCACACAUUUUCAUCCGAGCAGGAAGAAAUUUCAAGUUUAAUUUAUAACUACAAACCCACUUAUACAGGUUUGCAUGGUCUUCGUUUGUUACAGUGUUACUUUUUCAAAUAGAUCAUGACAUACUGAAAGGAAUAAACAGUAUCACAAGGUUCGCAUACAAGUUUUAUUUUAUAGAUAAUAAAAAAGGGUUUCUGAUUUAUUUAGAGUUUCGUGUGUUGCUAUUCUAAUAUUAAUAUUCUCUAAGAAUUCAAUUAUAAAUAUAGGCAGGUUAUCUAUAAUUACCAUUUCAAAUAUAGUUUUUAGUGUCUUAUUAUUGUACAUUAAACAUUUUAUAUUAAACAAGAAUUGCAAGCUCUGUAGGGCGCUCUUAGUGCUCUAAAAAGUGUAAUGACUUUAUUCACAACAAUAAGAAAUAAUAGCUUUUUUAAAUUUAUCUGGGUGCCGUCGCAUAUAGCACUUCUUGAUAAUGAGAAACUCAAUAAUUUGGCCAAAAUAGCUACACACUCGUAUAACUUGAACACUCUGAGUAUAAUCAAAGGCCAGCGUGCCUUUAAAGGGAUGAAAUACUUUCAAUUAUAUUUCAAUGGCAGUAGCAGACCUUGGUAUUAUUGGGGUAAACACAGAAGAGAAUUUAUUGUCACAAAAAACCGUAUUAAGUCUGGGCACUAUAAUCAUGCUGUCUCCCUCGUCCGCAUUAAGAUAAUAAGCGAUCCUAUAUGUAAAUGCAACCAUGAAAUCAAAGACAUCAAUCAUCUGGUUUAGCAAUGCAGGCUCUAUGACAGUUUAAGGGUCAAGUUAAUUGAAAAGCUCCAAAAUAUGAAACUGUUUCUCCUACUUAAUAUUGAAUCGCUAGUUGCUGAACCAAAUAUUACAGCUUGCCUAUGUAUUUUUAAUUUUUUAACAGAAUGUAAACUGCGGAUAUAAUUGUAUACGUAAACAUACAUACCACUGUAUACAUAUAUGAACUUUAUCUGAGGAUUUCAAAUAAAAAAAAAAGAAAAAUAUUAAACAAAAACUAACCGAUAUACUUAUAAUCGAUUUAUACAGUGACUCACUACUUCGUUCAC